AUGGCAGAGGAAUAUGAGCAGUCCGGUGUGUCAGAGUUUAUUAAAGACCGGCUGUACUUUGCCACUCUACGUGUCAAACCAAAGAAUACAGCCAACACACACUACUUCAGCACAGACGAGGAGUUCGUGUAUGAGAGUUUCUAUGCUGACUUUGGUCCCCUCAACCUGGCCAUGUUGUACAGAUACUGCUGCAAACUCAACAAGAAGCUGAAGUCCUUCACAAUGUCCAGGAAGAAACUGGUUCACUACACCAGUUAUGACCAGAAGAAAAGAGCCAAUGCUGCUGUCCUCAUUGGUGUCUAUGCUGUGAUCUAUUUGAAAAGAAGUCCAGAAGAAGUCUACAGGACUCUUAUCUCAGGAAACAACACAGGCUACCUGCCAUUCAGGGAUGCAGCAGUGGGAGAGUGUUCCUUCAGCCUCACUGUGCUUGACUGUUUACAAGCAAUACGCAAGGCAUUACAACAUGGUUUCCUGGACUUUGAAAACUUUGAUGUUGAGGAAUAUGAACAUUAUGAGCGUGUAGAAAACGGGGAUAUGAACUGGAUCAUUCCAGCGAAGGUUCUGGCGUUCAGCAGCCCUCACUCUCGCAGUAAGAUAGAGAAUGGUUAUCCUCUCCACGCUCCUGAGGCGUACUUUGCAUACUUUCGCCAAAAUGACAUCACAGCCGUGGUCCGCUUAAACAGGAAGUUGUAUGAUGGCAGGCGGUUUGAGAACGCAGGAUUUGAGCACCAUGAUCUUUUCUUCCUGGAUGGGACCACACCCUCUGAUCUCAUCGUCAGACGCUUCGUCCAUGUGUGUGAAAGUACAGAGGGCGCUGUGGCUGUGCACUGUAAAGCUGGCCUGGGCCGCACAGGCACUCUCAUCGGCUGCUACCUAAUGAAGCACUUCCGGUUCACUGCAGCUGAGGCCAUUGCUUGGAUCAGAAUCUGCCGGCCUGGAUCCAUCAUUGGUCCACAACAGAACUUCUUAGAGGAGAAACAGUACAGUUUGUGGGUCCAGGGUGACGUCUAUCGCUCCAAACAGAAACUGCUUCACAGCCCUGACUCAGAGGGAGGGAAACAGGAAACCAUGUCCCGCCUACUCUCAAGCAUGGACGAUCUGUCAAUCAACACCACUCUCUACAAAUCAUACAGCUUAGACGAGAAUAACUGCAAGGACAGCAGUCUGACUCAGGGAGACAAACUGAGAGCACUGAAGGGAAAGCGACCACCGAGAUCAGUCUCAUCCUCCUCAAGGUUAAACCUGUCCAAGACGUCUCACUGCUCCAUCCUCCCACCGCCUAAGUCCACUAAAGUCCCCCUCUCCUUCUCCUCCUCUUCCUCCUCUUCUAAGAUGCUGGUACGAAGCUCCUCCUCCUCCAUCACACAGAUCAAGAGUCCCUUCAGCCUCAGUCUGUUCAGCACCAGACCUGCUGUCAUUCACUGACUUCACAGAAGGGACGUUUUCAUUCUGCUCACAGGCUGAGUCCAGGUCUCCACUAACAUCCUGUGGUCUUCUAGGCCUUAAACAUUUGUCAGCCUUGACAAAUUAUUUGUCUGACAGAGUAACUGCACUUACUUACUACUUACUGCAGAGAUUCACAGAAACAACAGCUUUUCACAGUCCAC